CACACCACCCACACCACACAUCCACCACUAUGAUGAUAACUCCACCACCGCGUUUGUGCCGAAGCGUAAGACACGCGUGUUCUCCUACACACAUUUGCACGCUCCAUAUUACACUCCCACACUCGCACAAACACUCCCACACAGGAACCAUCGCUGGCAUCGUCAUCGCGCAGGAUUCCUAUACCAGUCGGACCGCAUUGUUGAAGAAUACAAAAAAGAGGCGUUGUGGUGUUUUGGUUUCUGCUGCUGCUCAUCGCUGGUGUUAAGACGAUGCGAAGGUAAUGGAUCGGUUUGCGCGAUUCAUUCGCGGAUAACAAAAUCGACGUCCUACCAGGACGUAGCAGCCUCCUUCAGCCAAGCUUGCCCUCAAACACCCAAGCCGGUGUGGGCGACUCGCAGCCGACGACUUUGGGAGACUAAAGCCACGCACGUGGUCGCGACGACACUCGGGCGGCCGGGCGCUGCUGCGGGAAAUCGUUCAACGCCUCCGCGCCUCCGUGCCGCGAGUCCUGGCGGCGGCGGCGAUGUCCGGUGGCGAGGGUGAGCCGCCGCUGGGGUUUGUGCGGGUCCUCUACGAGUUCUCCUACGAGGACAGCGACGGCGGCCGCGGCCGGGUCACGCCCGGCGAGCACUACUCGCUGCUGCAGACCAGCACCGCCGAGUGGUGGCUGGUGGGGCCCCUCGGUGGUGGCGGGGCGAUGUUCUACCUGCCGGCCAGGUACGUGCAGAGGACUGCGGCGGCGGCGGCGGUGGGCCCGAAGCGCGUGGAGGUCGUGCGUCAGCGCGUGCCACCCAUGCCGCCUCCACGGUGCCGGACGGCGUGGAGGAACCGCGUGGAGCCGCGCGUCCACUCGGAGCAGAGUGGAGAUGGAUUGUUCUCUGUGGAGGAUGAGGAGGAGGAGGAGUGGCGGUCGAGACUGGACGUCAAUCGCAACGAUCACCACAACCACCACCACCACAACCACCACCACAACCACCACCAGCAGCAGCAGGACCACGACCAACGUCACCACGACCACCAGAGUGACCGUCACGAUGAUCGUGACCAACACGACCAACACUACCACCACGACCAGUACCAGCACGAUGACCAGCACCACGACCAGUACCAGCACCAUGACCAGCACCACAACCAGUACCACGACCAAUACCAGCAUCACGUCCAGUACCAGUACCAGCCCCACAACCACGACCACCACAACCACCACCGCCAUCGCCAUCGCAACCAUGACCAGGACCCCCACGACCAGGACCCCCACGACCAGGACCCCCACGACUCCCAAGAUCACAUCGACUCGGGCGCCCGCGAGGACGUGGCGCUGACGGCGCUCUACACGAGCGUGUACACGGUGCACGGCCGUGCCCUCUCCACGGUGGCCGGCGAGCGGCUACUGCUGGUGGAGAGGGCGACGGGCGACUGGUGGGUCGUGUGCCGGCCGGAGCGGCGGGAGGAGCCGUUCUACACGCCCGUGUCCUACGUCGCUCGCAGAGAUGCGCCGGACGUGGCGAGGGUGGCGAGUGGUGGACACCGCGGAUCCGGCGUCGGCCAGAGCAGCGGCGGCGGCAGCGGCGGCAACAACGACACCAGCAGCGACUGCUACAGCCAGCGCAACGACAGCUGCAUCAUCGGCAGCAGCAGCAACCACGCAGGCAUUGGCGGCUUCAACCACAACAGCAGCAGCAUGAACAGCAGCAGCAACAGCACGGGUAUUAGCAGCAUUGAUCAGAACAGCAACAGCAGCAAGGGAAUAGGCAGCUACAACAGCAACAGCAGGAUCAGCAACAACGCGGGCAUUAGCAGCUUCAAGCAUUACAACAGCAACAUGAACAGCAGCAACGACAGCAGGAAGGACAUUGGCAGCAUUAACCAUAGCAGCCCCAUCAGCAACAGCAGCACGGCCAUUAACAGCGUCAACCACAACAACAGCAGCAGCAGCAGCACGGGCGUUAGCAGCUACAACCACAGCAGCAGCAGCAACAGCAGGACGGGCAUUAACAGCAUUAACCACAACAACAGCAGCAGCACCAGCACGGGCAUUAACAGCGUCAACCACAACAACAGCAGCAGCAACAGCACGGGCAUUAACAGCAUCAACCACAACAACAGCAGCAGCACCAGCACGGGCAUUAACAGCGUCAACCACAACAACAGCAGCAGCAACAGCACGGGCGUUAGCAGCUACAACCACAGCAGCAGCAACAGCAGCACGGGCAUUGCCAGCGUCACCCACAACAACAGCAGCAGCAACAGCAUUGCCAGCGUCACCCACAACAGCAGCAACAGCACAGGCAUUGCCAGCGUCACCCACAACAACAGCAGCAGCAACAGCAUUGCCAGCGUCACCCACAACAGCAGCAACAGCACGGGCAUUGCCAGCGUCACCCACAACAACAGCAGCAGCAGCGGCACGAACAGCAGUGAGAGGGCACAGGCGGCCGUGGCGGUGGGCAGCGCGCCGCGUGGCUCCACCCCGCGGGGGAACCACCCCGGCACCGUCGCGCGACCUGCGCCGCCCUCGCCGCCCUCGCCGCCCUCGCCAUCCUCGCCAUCCUCGCCAUCGUCGCCGAAGUCUCCGACGUCGCCAUCCUCGCCGAAGUCCCCGACGUCUCCGACGUUGGUGCGCGUCGUGCACCCGUGCGACUACACGAGCGAGCGGGGUCGCCGCGUGCGCAUCGCGCGGGGCGAGCUCUUCGUGCUGUCGCGCAAGACCGACGCCUUCUGGUGGAGGGUGAGGCGCCUGGGCGAGCGCAAGCCCUUCUACGUGCCCACGGGCUACGUGCGGGAGGUGCGCGGCGUCGGCGUCGGCGGCGGCGGCGGCCUCGGGAACGCGGCCGCAACCGACGGCGGAGGCCUCCGCGUUCCGCCGCGGCCGUCGGGCGUAGCGGCGGAACCGGCCGAGUCGCGGCCGCCCCACCGGGGCCCCGGCGAUCCCCGGCCCGCGGCGCUGCGGGUGCUCUUCAGCUUCGAGUUCGCGGGGCGCGCCAGCGGGCAGCCCGUGCGCAUCGCCGAGGGCGAGGAGUUGGAGCUGGUGAGCAAGGAGAGCGCCGAGUGGUGGAGGGCGGCGCGGCCCGGCGGCCCGACGCUGCUGGUGCCGUCGGCGUACGUGGACGAGGUGGCGGCGGCGGCGGCGGCGGCGCCGUCACGUCGCUCGUGA